UUCAGUGUUUACUGCCUUGUUCACCGUUAGUCGAUGGAAUUGUUGUUGACAAGAUGGAGUUCUUGCUGGGAAAUCCAUAUGGUACUCCGGUGGGACAGUGCAUUGAAAAAGCCACAGAUGGCUCCUUACAAAGUGAAGACUGGACUUUAAAUAUGGAGAUAUGUGACAUCAUCAAUGAAACAGAGGAUGGGCCUAAGGAUGCCUUAAGAGCUGUCAAAAAGAGACUUAAUGGGAAUAAAAAUUACAGGGAAGUGAUGUUGACCUUGACUGUUCUUGAGACAUGCGUGAAGAACUGUGGUUAUCGCUUCCAUGCUCUCGUCACCACCAGGGAAUUUAUCGAUGGAGUUUUGGUUAAGGUUAUUUCUCCCAAAAACAAUCCACCAGCCAUCGUCCAGGAUAAAGUUCUUGCCCUUAUACAGGCUUGGGCUGAUGCUUUCAGGAGUAGUCCAGAUCUGACAGGUGUGGUCCAUGUCUAUGAGGAAAUGAAGAGAAAAGGUAUAGAGUUCCCAAGGUCAGACCUGGAGACCUUAUCACCUAUCCACACACCACACCGGAAUCUCUCUGAGGUGGAUCCCAAGCUCAGUGCUCCAGUUCAGCCAAAACCUGUGCAUGCUCCUCCUGUCCAAGCUUCACCUCUGGUUCCCACUGUGCACCUGUCUGGACCUAUCAACCCCACACUGGAACAGAUUUCUAGGCUGCGCAGUGAGCUGGAUAUCGUGCGUGGGAACACCAAGGUGAUGUCUGAGAUGUUAACAGAAAUGGUUCCCGGCCAGGAGGAUCCAUCUGACCAUGAGCUUUUGCAGGAGUUGAACAGAACCUGCAGAGCCAUGCAGCAGAGGAUAGUAGAGCUCAUCUCUCGUGUGUCCAAUGAAGAGGUUACAGAGGAACUGCUUCAUGUCAAUGACGACCUCAACAACAUCUUUUUGCGAUAUGAGAGAUAUGAGAGGUUCCGGUCUGGUCGAAGUGCUCAUGGUGUCAAUAAUGGGGUUCUGAGUGAGGCCACAGAUGACAACCUGAUUGACCUUGGGCCAGGUUCUCCUGCGGUGGUGAGCCCCAGGAUCAGUGGCACUCCUCCCUCCAGCCUGCCAGCCUCUGUAGCCCCUGUUCGCUCUGCUUCACCUGCCACACUCUCCUCUCGACUGGCAGGCCUGGAUGUAGGAGCUGAUAGUGUCAGUGGCACUCUGAGUUCUCUAAGUCGCUGUCAGCCACUGUCAGAUGAUUUUGACAUGUUUGCCCAGACAAGGAGUGGCACCUUGACUGACCAAAGGAAGAAUCAACCAUUUGAAGACACACAGGCUGCAAGUGGAGCGGCCCCUACUCUUGAGCUUCGACAACAGACCUCUGCAGGGUUUGCUCUUGACCAGUCCUCUGUCAUGGAUGACAUUGAGGAAUGGCUCUGUACUGAUGUGAAAGGAGACGAGGGAGAAGAAGGUGUGACGAGUGAAGAGUUUGACAAGUUUUUGGAGGAGAGGGCUAAAGCUGCAGAAAUAGUUCCUACACUUCCACUUGCUCUGAGUGCAGAUCCAACCAGUGUAGCUGGCUCCACUGUAAAUGCUGGGAAAAAGCCUGAUCGUGCUGAAGGCUCUCUGUUUGUCUUGUAGAAGGAUUUUGGGACUGUUUGGUCUGUGCUCAGCCUCCUGAGUGUGGUAAGUAGGUGGUCCUGCAGACUCAGUGGCCCCCGUCUUUCCUCCGUUUCCUGCAUUACUACCCAAUCAACACUACAGUGGCUGAAUCCUAUGCAGUUUGUUUUCACAGACUGGAUUCAUGAACAGAUCUUAAUAAGACAGACAUUUUCAUGAACCUUCAUAAUCAUAAAAAAAAUAUAACAUUAAAAUUCAACUCUAUGAAUGUAAGAGGUCAUUGAUAUUUUGUUAAUGAAGCACAUGCCAGGAACAAGCAAACUUAAAAAAGUAACAAGCUUUUACAUUCUUAAUGACAAUGAUAAUUGUAACAUUUUCUUUAAAUAUCAAAGUGUUUUUUUUUGUUUGUUUUUUGGGGGAUUAGUGUUGUUCAGCUAGCUACCACUAAUGCAUUUCAGAAGUCUUCAUUUUGCAGAUGCUGCUAGUUUAUGAACAUGUAAUCUGAUCUUCACAAAUUUUAGCUGUUCAAAUCCCCUGCGAUACAAUGCACCUCAGUAGCACACAAACAAUAUGGUUAAAGGAAAUAAAAAGAUUUCCGUCGUUUCUUUCUUCCUA